UUUAGAGGUGAAGACACGCGGAAGCGUUUCGUAGAUCAUUUGUAUACUGCUUUCAAUCAUAAAGGAUUGCAUGUUUUUAGGGAUGACAAAGAACUUGAGAGAGGAAAACCCAUUUCGCUAGAGCUCCUUCAUGCAAUUGAAGAAUCAAGAUCUGCGGUUGUUGUUUUCUCAAAAAACUAUGCUUCUUCCACAUGGUGUUUAGAUGAACUUGUUCAAAUUGUUCAUUCCAUGAAUAUAAAAGUUUUUCCAGUUUUCUAUAAUGUGGAUCCUUCAAUGGUUAGAAAACAAACAGGAGAAUUUGAAAAAGCCUUUGUCAAACAUGAAGAAACUUUUAGAGAGGAUAUUGGAAAGGUGCAGACUUGGAGAAAUGUUUUGACAGAGGUGGCCAAUCACUCUGGAUUUGACUUAAAGGAUGGGUAUGAGUCACAAUUUAUUCAAGACAUUCUGAAGGAAAUAUCAAGCAAAUUAUGUUUUUCAAAAUACACAAGUGUUGAGGGCCUAGUAGGCAUAGAUUCACGUUUGGAGAAACUGAAGAAAUUUAUAAGUCCUGAGUCACAUGAUGUACGUAUGAUUGGGAUUUGUGGAAUGGGAGGAAUAGGCAAGACAACAAUUGCUAGAGUUGCCUAUGACUUGAUUUCUUGUGAAUUUGAGGGUAGUAGUUUUUUGGCUAAUGUUAGAGAAAUUUCUGAAAAAAGUGAUCUAGUUUCUUUACAAAAGAUGCUUCUUUCCCAAAUUCUACAUAUGAAAAAAGAUGACAUCAAUGUAUACAAUGACUUUGAUAGAAUAAGCAUGAUAAGAAGUAGGUUAGGGCGUAAGAAGGUUCUUAUUGUUAUAGAUGAUGUGAACAAUCCAAAGCAAUUAGAAAAAUUAGUUGGCAUGCAUGAUUGGUUUGGCAUGGGCAGUAGGAUCAUAAUAACAUCAAGAACCAAAAGUUUGUUGACAUCCCAUGGAGUAGAUGGAGUUUAUAAGGUUGGGGAAUUAAAUGAUGAUGAAGCCCUCCAAUUAUUAAUUUCAAAAGCCUUUAAGAAACAUCAACCUUCAGAAAGUUUUAGGGAGUUAUCCAAAUGUAUUGUACAGUAUGCUAGUGGUCUUCCAUUAACUCUUAAAGUUUUGGGCUGCUUUUUGUGUGGAAGAGAAGUUCAUAUAUGGAAAGAUGCAUUGCAAAGAUUAAAAAGAGAUCGGAAGAAAGAAAUAUUGGACAUACUUCAAAUAAGCUUUGAUGGGCUAGACGAAUAAGAGAAAAAAAUAUUUCUUGAUAUAACAUGU